UUCAGCUUAAUCUUCUGCUAUUUACUUAUAAUAUCGCAUCUUCCCGCUUUACGUCCACAUCAUUAUAGAUUUUUAUUGAGACAAUUGUUUACUUCUAGUAAUACUGUGUCUGCUGAUACACCACUCGAUACAUCGCUAAACAUCUCGCUGAAUCCCACCACUGUUAUUACUAUCAACAGCGAUACUAUCAAUACUACCGAUAUGGCCAACACUCCCGGACAGCGACUCUUCCCCUUGGUCGUCGACCACCUCGCCCAGACCAAGCCCACCCAGCGCGUCGGCAUCAUCCCCAAUGCCGACGGGUCGGAUGGCUACGAGACCGUCACCUUCGACCGUCUGGCGCGCGCCGUGGACGCCUUUGCCUGGUGGAUCGAGAAGACCAUCGGACGGGCGCAGCAGCCAACCACCAUCGCCUACAUGGCGAAGAACGAUGUGCGGUACCUGAUCGUCCUGCUGGCCGCACACAAGACCGGAUACAAGCCCCUCCUCCCCUCAACCCGACUCUCCGACGACGCCUACCAGCACAUCCUGACCUCCACCGACUGCCACACCUUCCUGUACACCCCCGAGAAGCAGCGUCGCGUGGCUGAGAUCCAGACCUUCCGCAGAAACACCGCCUUCUAUGAGGUGCCCUCUCUCGAGGACCUGCUCUCGACGCCCGCACAGCCCUACCCGUACAACAAGACCUUCACCGAGGCUGAAGACGAUGUGGCUAUCAUUAUCCACAGCUCUGGCACAACAGGCAUGCCCAAACCCAUCCCUCUCACCCACGGCUACCUCGCGACCAUCGACAAUGGCGCGUACCUCACCCGGCCAGAAACCCGCCAGUCGACCAUGUGCAACGACCUGCCACCCGACAAUGCCGUCCUCGCCACAACGCCCUUCUUCCACCUCAUGGGGCUGCUGGCCUUCAUCACCUCGCUCUUCCACGCGACCCCCUUUGUCAUCUGCCCCGAUAAGCCGCUCUCCGUGGACCUGAUCGUCUCGAUCCUCAACGCCACCCACCCCACCGCCGCGUUCUUCCCGCCAUCCAUCCUCGAAGACAUCUCCCACUCUCCCGACGCCUGCGCCGCCCUCCGUUCCCUCCAACAGGUCUACUUCGCGGGCGCCCCCCUCUCCCCGGAAGUCGGCGACCAGCUAUCCCAAUACACCAAGAUCAUCACCGUGAUGGGGUCCAGUGAGAUGGGGCUCAUCUCCUCGUUCGUGCCGCAGGGUGAGCGCGUCUGGGGCUACUUUGAGUGGAACCCCGCGUACGGAGUCGACAUGCAGCACGUCAGCGACGAUCUGUACGAACUGGUGAUUCCCCGUCAGCACGACAGUCGCCGCGUGCACGGCAUCUUCCACACCUUUCCCCACCUCACGGAAUACCGCUCCAACGAUCUCUAUGUGCGCCAUCCGCAGCGUCCCGAGCUGUGGAAGUAUCACGGUCGCUUGGACGACGUGAUUGUCUUGAGCAACGGAGAGAAGCUCAAUCCGGUGACGCUGGAGAAGAUCGUCGAGGGACAUGCCAGUGUGCGCAGGGCGUUGUUGAUCGGUCAGGCGCGGUUCGAGACCGCGUUGUUGGUCGAGCCGGACUGGGGUACGCUGGGCUCGGUGGACGAGAAACAGUUCGUCGAGAGUAUCUGGGAUACGGUGGAGCGCGCCAACGAGGCCGUGCCGAAGUACGGGCGCAUUGCGAAGAGCAAGAUUCGCCUCGCGAAACGGGCGAAGCCAUUCAAGGUUACCCCCAAGGGGACCACGCAGCGCCAUGCAGUGAACCAGGAGUACAAGGAGGAGAUCGAUGCCAUCUACGCGGCGGCGGCGGAGGAGGAGACAGCCGCCCAGAUGCCCGAGACGCUGGACCGGGAGAGCCUGGUGCGGUUUGUGAGGGGAUUGGUGACCGCGUUGCUGGAGCGAGAAGAUGUGCAGGAUGCAGACGAUCUGUAUGCGGCGGGCUUGGACUCGCUGCAGACGAUCCAGCUGGCGAAGACGCUCAACAAGGCCGUUGCCACCCGCUACGACGGCCACUCCAUCUCCCAGCAGCAGAUCUACUCCCACCCGUCCAUCGCCCAGCUCGCCCAGUACCUGCUGGAUCUGGUCCACGGGCAGACCGGCACGACAGUCUCACGCGCCGACCGAGUCACCGCCAUGGUCGAGAAAUACACCCGCCAGAUCCCCCACCGCAGCACCCCCGCCGUCGCGCCGUCCGAGAAAUCGACCCUCAUCCUCACCGGCUCCACCGGCUCCCUGGGGACCUACCUGCUGCACCGUCUCCUGUCCGACCCCCGCACCGCCAAGGUCUACUGCUUCAACCGCUCCGACGCCGCGGCGCGCCAAAAGCGCAGCUUCAGCGACAAAGGCCUGGACGUGAGGCUGCUCGACUCGCGGGUCGAAUUCCUGACCGUGGCCUUCGGCGCGGAACACUUCGGUCUGCCGGACGAGAAAUACACCGAGCUGCUGCACAGCGUCGACUUCAUCCUCCACAAUGCCUGGACGGUCAACUUCAACCACCCGCUCGAGUCCUUCGAGGACCCGCACCUGAGGGGCAUGCUCGAGUUCAUCCGCUUCAGCACGCAGAGCACCUACAACGCGCACCUGUCGUUCGUGUCGUCGGUGAGCACGAUCGGCGCGUGGAACCCGGCCAUGGGACCCGUGGUGCCCGAGGAACCGCUGGAGACUGUGGACGCCGUGCUGGAGCAGGGCUACGGCGAGAGCAAGCACGUCGCGGAGAGGAUGUGUCUGGCGGCGUCGCGGAUCGCGGGCGUCCCCACGACGGUCUUCCGCGUGGGCCAGAUCUCGGGCCCGACGACGAAGGAGGGCGUGUGGAAUCUGGAUGAGUGGGUGCCCACCCUGGUGAAGACGUCCAAGUCGCUGGGCAAGGUGCCGGCCGAUUUGGGGAAUUAUAACAUCGAUUGGGUGCCUGUGGACACCCUCGCAACCAUAACCACCGAACUCACCCAAACCCGCCGCACAACCCAGCUCUCCACCCCCAACGCAGUCUACCACCUCGUGAACCCCACCAAAGUCCCCUGGGCGACGCUCAUCCCCGCCAUCGAAUCCCAAUAUGGCGUCUCGACGGUGCCCAUGGACGACUGGCUGCGCGAGCUCGAGGCCAUCCGGUCGCCGACCGAGAGUCAGGUGCGCGAGAUGCCCGCGCUCAAGCUGCUGGACUUUUAUCGCGGGUUGGCGGGCGAGGUCCUCUCCGCGGAGGUGGGGACGGAGGAGACCCGACGCGCCAGUCGCACGAUGGAGGGGUUGGGGGGCGUUACGGUGGAGUUGAUGAGGAAUUGGCUGGUGCAGUGGGGGUUCUGAUUGAGUGAUUGUCUGGUUGGGUUGAUUGGAGCUGGGUUGAUUUGGUUUGAUUUGAUUGCGAUUCCUUGCAUGGGUAAGGGGUGGUGUGGUGUUUUACUUGCGGAUGCGGAUUUACUGCUUGGGGACUAGAUUUGCUUGGUUGGGACUAGACCUGCGUACUUAGACUGGAU